AAGGCCUAUAAAAGAGGGAGCAUCCACCGGACCGACACCAGAGGAGACCCACAUCAGGUAGAACCACAAUGAAGCCUUGCUUUGUCCUUAUUUUGUUGGCUGCAGGUGCAGCUUCCAGAAUGAUUGAGAAGAGGGUUAUUGGGAGCAAGUCCUGUGACAAGGACAGGCAGUACCACGUCCAGAUAGAGUCUGUUCAAGGUGGGAAGCUCUGUGGAGGCGCUCUGCUCAACACCCGCUGGGUCAUCACAGCGUCUCACUGUGCAGAGCAGAAUGUCAAAGUGAAGCUCGGCAUAAACAACGACGUGUCGAUUUUUACAAAAGCCGCUUCAUGGUUCAAAGGAAACUCCAAAAAACAUGAGCAAAUCAUUCCAAUUAAUCAGCAGCACACCUUCAAAAAUGAAGAGAGUAAACAUGACAUUAUGCUCAUACGGCUAAAUGAGGACAUGUCAGCCAAAACUCCCACCAUCAGCCUUCCUUCAGGAGGGUGCACUAAGCUGGAGCCAAAAGCUAAAGUGGAAAUCGGAGGCAUGGGAGCAAGCAAAAAAGGGGGUAAACCUGUCAAGGAAGUAAGAUGCGCCACAACAGUGAUCUCUGAGUGUGGUGAGAACGACAAACCUGACAGUAAAUACGCCAGUGAAGAAUCUACAGUCUGUGCCUUCUCAGCUGGAGUGGAGUCCUGCCGUGGGGAUGCAGGCUCAGCUGUGGAGUACGAAGGUCAUUUACAAGGAGUUGUCGUUAGCGAGCCUAAAGAUAACUGUGUCCAAACCAUUGUUAUGCUGGAUAUCUGCCAUUACAUGGAGUGGAUUGAGAAAACCAUGAAAGAAAACUGAGUAAACUUAGCGUUUCAUAUUUAUUAAUCAGAAGGAAAUAAUAUAUUAACUUAUUUAUGCAUUUGAGUCAUACUCUAUAUGCUGAUUACAUGCAUAUUUCUACACUGCAAAAAGUUUUACAAAUUAAAUAAGAAAAAAAUAACCACUGUCAUUUAACUUCUUUCUAGUGCAGUUUAAAUGUUUUUUUUUUCUUCCAUUGGAAAGAUACGUUUACUGUACAUGCUCAAAUGAGGGUAAAUACCCUUAUAUUUAGUUUUACAUCAGAAUUUGCAGCGUAACUAAUGUAUGGAGGAUAAAAAGUGCCAAAAUUAAAUAAAUAAAUACAGCAUUAAAUAAAUAA